UGGAUUCUACAAAAUCCACAGAUUUUAGAAUCCGCGGAUUUUUGAGUCCAUGGAUUCUGGAAAAUCCGCGGAUUCUGCAGUUUGUGAUUCACCAACGGUGGACUCAAAAAUCCGCGGAUUCCACCAGACCCACGGUUGAGUCCAUGGAUUCAACCGUGGACUCAACAAAAUCCAUGGAUUCAACCAUGGAUUUUCAAUCAAAUCUAGGGAUUUCCCCUUUUUUGAGACUGCACUGAGCAUGCUCAGUGUCAUAAAAGAAUAAACAUCUGCAGCAUAUACACAAUAAACUAAAAAUAUAUUAUUUCAAAAUACAUGUUUGCUGGUACAGACCCCCCCCCCCCCCCCAUCUCCCAAGAAUUCUGUUUGCUGGCAUUGGUUGUUGUGUAUCAUUACACACACACACACACACACACACUGUACACACACAAAAUAGAACACAUCAUCAGCUGGCUGCACUUAAUCAACAACCAUCAUCAUCAUCAUCUGUUAAAGUACAGUCCACAAUGGCCUUGAAGUGGCAGAAGGCGGAAAUUAAUUAUUUAAUUGAAUUAAUCGCUGACAGACAACAAAAGAUUUGUAAUAGAGAAACGCAUCACAAGGCCAAUGAGGCGAAGACUGCCGCGUGGAAUGAGGUGGAGGAGCAGUUCUGUGCUCGAUUCGGGAGGCGGUGGCCCCUCCACAAAAUGAAGGAGCUGUGGAAGCGCCAAAGAGGGUAUGCUAAGAAAGAGUUUAGCAACUUCAAAGCUAAAUUGAGGCAGACUGGUGGCGGUCCUCCACCAUCCCCACUGUCUGCAUCAACCAUCCUAAUCAAAGAAUUGCUGCCAGGGGAUUUUGUGCAACUGCAAAAUCCCUUCGACGAUGACGUUGUUCUGGCAAACGAGCAGGCGAUGACAGCUCUGGACUUUAUUCGAGGGGUUCACAAAUCAUCUUCAACAAUCCAUACACAUGGUUCAGCCGCCCAACAUGCCCAAAGAGAUCCGAAGAGUAGCACUGAAGCGUCAAGAUCAUCUUCAACAAUCCAUACACAUGGUUCAGCCGCCCAACAUGCCCAAAGAGAUCCGAAGAGUAGCACUGAAGCGUCAAGAUCAUCUUCAACAAUCCAUACACAUGGUUCAGCCGCCCAACAUGCCCAAAGAGAUCCGAAGAGUAGCACUGAAGCGUCAAGCAGUCAAUCCAACAUUCUGGCUUCUUCGUUGUUAGCAACAUCAUCAUCUUUCGCAGUAAGACCCAUUUCCGGAGUUGAGACACCCCAGUGCCAUACACCUGUUUCCAACACGGCCUCUAUCCCUAUUGACCUGACAAGUGACAUUGACGCUUCAAGCAACCAUCCUUCCAGCAGUUCUCGACCAUAUGCAUCAUCUUCAUUUCUCUCUUGUCCUAGAUCAGCAUCAUUGUCAAAAGAAGUCGUUAAUGAAUGUGAUAAGCCAGGAGACGAAACAGAUGACUUCCCCAAAACAAGCAAUCAGUCUUCAAGCGUUGGAAGACCAUUCGCACCGUCCCUUUCCUCUACAUGCAAUGCAUCACCUCGAAAGAGGAACUUGGAAAAUCGUCGCCAAGGCACCAAGAGAGCUCGUGUGACAACAGAGGAAGCCAUUCUAGAGCUGGACAAAAAAGAGCACGAGCUCAGAAUGAGGCUUAUGCUCAAAGAGCACGAAAUCAAAAUGAAGUUGAUCAACGCUGAAUAUGAAAAUAAAAUGAAAAUUGCCAAUGCUGAACAUGCCAUCAAGAUGGACAUUUUUUCUUUACAGAAAUGUACUGAAGCAGCAAAGAACAGAGAAGCCCUUGGCUACCCUAAUUCCGAGGAUUAAGAAUUGAAAUCAUCAAUUAUGGUCUAUCCAUGCAUGUACACAUAUUCUGUUAAUAAUUGAAUUUAAUUAAAAUUAUAAUAUCCAAUAAUAUAUAUUAUAUAAACAGUACUGCAGAUUAUAUCAAAUACUUAUAGCUAAAGAAAUUACAGAAGUUCUUGAUUUGCUGAUGUGGUUGGGAGAAUUCAUUUGAAUAUUUAUAUCAUAAAAACUGUAUAUAGACAUUAUCUAUUCAUAAAUUAGGAAUUAUGUUGUAAUGGAUGACAAUGUACUAGAAAGACUGAGAAAAACAAAUAUAGUAUACAGUACCUGACUCAUUAUCAAUAUUCAUGAAAACUAGGGCAAUAAAGUUUAAAAUGUCCAGCUCAGAUGUCAGAUAUGGGUAAUUAUAUUUCAUAUUUAUGUUAUUAAUGUACAUAUAUUCUUCACUCUCUAUGAUGAUUAAGUAUUUAUUGAAUAUUGAUAUAUGACUUCGGCAUUAUCAAUUGAAAAAUACACGAAGAGCAUGACAGUAAGAAAGUGAGUAUUUAUUUUUUAAAGUAAACCUAGUUAGAAGGAUCUGGUCUUUGUCUGAAUGAUUUUCACACUUCUCUAACUUAAAGAAAUACAAUGGAAUUAUAAGAUUUUGUAUAUAUGUUCAUAUAUCAAACACAAGUAUCGAAAGACUCACUUAAAACCAGUCUUCUUAAUAUCUAAGAAUUGGACCACGACAAUGUCAGUUGUUGGGAUGUUAGACGUAGAAAUAUAAGAUAUCAAUAAAUAAACGCUAUGUUUCUUGAAAAAUGAAUAUAUGCUGUGAUAUAUUCAAUAAAAAUGUAUAUAAAUCACAGUAAUAUUUACACCAUGUGCCAUUAGAAUUAUAAUGUUCAUUGAAAUAAAACACAUGUGAUAUGUUUCUUUCAAUUCAUAUUCCAAUGCCUUACAUGUAUAUAUCCGACAAUGGAAAGGCCAUCAAUUCAAUUUGAUGAGAGAAGUAAAUGAAUGGAUAGUUUGCAAAUAAACUGCAUUUCCUGAAAUUGCAAUCACUCAAUUUAAUAUUGUUCUGUAUCAUUCUUUCAUUGUAUGGCAACAAUAACAUACACAUUGCACAAUAUUUAUCCAUUCAUUAACUGUAGGCCCAGUAGAUGCAUUAUCAGAGAUUAUUGUUGUUGACAGAAAAAAGAAAUCAUUGGAAACCAACUUCUGCAAUUGGGGCAUAAAAAGAGUUGACAUUAUUUCUAAAUACAAAACAAGAACAGUAUUGCCUGCAGCAGAGUCUCAAAGAGUGCUGUAAUUUCACAGGACACUUCUUACCAGCAUUCACAAUUAAUCUGUUUCAUAAUGCAAUAAGUGAUUUAUUCUCUUGAAAUGAUAUAAAGAAUUGUCUCAAUUUUCUCAUCAAUAACAUAUAAAGUGGCAUUUCACAUAUAUAAUACCAGGAAGUGAUUUUUUUUAGUCCUUUUUUUUAUAGAGUCUGCAGCAAAAAGAUUCACACGGCAAAAAACACAUUCAUCAAUAAAAGAUGAGUACUUUCUGAAUUAAUGAAAAUGGGAAUGUGGGAUCAUGAAGCUUACAAAUUUUCCAGUUAAUACCACAAUUUACAGAAUGAUUCUUUUUAUCAAAAAUAUUUUAAGACAGAAAUUAGAAUCCAUUUGAAUUGUACGGGAUGAAGCAAUUGACUUCAUCAACAUGCUUGUUGAAAUGAGAAGGAACACAGUGAACAAUAAUAAAAAACAAGGUAAACAGGAGUAAAUUACAAAGAGGUACUUGCAAUGGAGACAUGGCAUUAACGUUCCAAUCAUUUGUUGUUAAGAGUCAUCAGGGAUGGUUCAAGCGAUACUGCAGGCCAAAAAUAAUUAUAUUUAAAGAAAUAAGAGUAAAAAUUAA